UUUCAGGUGGUGGUGGAAUCUACUUUGGCUUCACCUAGCAGACUUCUGCCUAUUGGAACUUGUAUAUUAGCAGAAGGUGUGUUGGAUCAUUCAUUUCAGGGAAAUCGUGUUGUUGAACUCAAAGUAGAUAAAAUUCUUCAUGUUGGGACGGUUGAUCAUGAUAAGUAUAUUUUAUCGAGAAAGCGACUACCACUCGAUAAGCUAAGGGAUUCUGCCCAUUUUCGGCCUCGUACAACUACGGUGGCAUCUAUUAUGCGAAUCCGUAGUUCCCUGUCUUUCGCAACUCACACAUUCUUCCAAAACAAUGGGUUUUUGUAUGUUCAAGUUCCCAUUAUCACCACCACUGAUGCUGAAGGAUUUAGUGAGAAGUUCCAGGUGACAACUCUUUUAGAAAAAGCAGAUAAAGAGGAGCCAAAAGCCGCCAAGGAAAUUGAAGGCGUUAGCCUUGACAAUAUAAAGGCUGCUAUAAAGGAAAAAAGCAAUCAAGUUGAAGAACUCAAGAGAAGUGAAAGCAAUAAGGAAGCACUCGCUGCUGCUCUUCAGGAUUUAAGGAAGACAAAUGAAAUAGCAUCACAGCUAGAGGCAAAAGAAAAAACGCAGCCAGUGCCUUCAAUUAAGACUGAUAAAAUUAACGUUUCUGAAGAUUUCUUCUCUCGCCAGACCUAUCUCACUGUUUCCGGUCGCCUUCAUUUGGAGAGUUAUGCGUGUGCCCUUGGAAAGGUUUACUCAUUUGGACCCAGGUUUCGAGCAGAGAAGAAAGAGUCAUCUAAACAAGUGGCAGAGAUGUGGAUGGUUGAGGCUGAAAUCGCUUUUUCACAAUUAGAGGAUGUCAUGAAUUGUGCGGAUGACUAUUUCAAGUUCCUCUGCACAUGGAUUGUUGAAAACUGUGAACGAGAUGCGGAAUUUAUCUCCAGACGGAUUGACAAAACCAUUAUUGAUCGGCUGCAAUCAAUGAUGUCAUCCUCCAUUGAAAAGAUUACCUACACAGAAGCAGUGAAAGCUCUGGAAAAGGUUACAGAAAAGAUUUUCGAAGCAAAACUCGAGUGGGGUGUGGCUCUCACAGCCGAACAUCUAAGUUAUUUGGCUGAUGAGAUCUAUAAGUGUCCUGUAAUCGUAUAUGAUUAUCCCAAAGCGGUUAAACCAUUUUAUGUACGCCUUAAUGAUGAUGGAAACACAGUUGCAGCAUUUGAUAUGGUUGUACCAAAGGUUGGAAAGUUGAUUACAGGCAGCCAAAAUGAGGAACGCCUUAAUAAGCUGAAUACAAGGAUCGAGGAAUUGGGCUUGCCAAAAGAGCAGUAUGAAUGGUAUUUGGAUCUACGCAGGCAUGGAACAGUAGCGCACUCUGGAUUUAGUCUUGGGUUUGAACUCAUGGUUCUCUUCAUUACUGGCCUCAUUGAUGUCAAAGAUGCAAUCCCUUUUCCUAGAAGUCUGGGAAAAGCCAACAAUUAGUCUGAUUUCCUGCAAAGUAUACUCCAAAGGCGAAGAUAUUUGAUCCUGAACUGCUUGUGUUGUUGAAAGAGAAGAAAAUGUUAUGUAAACAUACACAUUGAGAUUUGAAACAGAAAAAGCAUAUUGUAAAUAUUGAUAAUAGAGAUCGCUCUGUAGCAUUUUAUGCUUAUUUGAUCUGAUGUACAUAACUUAAAUAAAAUUACAGAUUGAAAUAAAAUUGUCUUU